GUCGGCGUUUCAUGCAUCGUUCAGUGCCGUAUCAUUCUGUUAACCUAGCGUUAAUUAGCAACAGAAAGUAGAUCGAAUUAAGCGCUAAGAGAAAACGUGUUAGAGUCUGAAUCAAAGUCGUGUUUGUAGUGCGAGGAAGUUAUCGGAAGGAAUGUGAAACACAGACACAGUGGAGUUUUACAGGGCCUUCCAAACGGAUUCGAUUUGGUUUUAAGUUGAUCUAAGUGACUGGUUAUGACCUGAGUGUGGAAGUCCACAGUAAUCUGCUUUUUGGUGGUGGCAGAAACUUCUCUAUAGAUUAAUGAGCUGGACAUCUAUGACCGAGUUUUUACUUCAGUACGUGCGUAUUUACCCUGUGUUAGGUCUGCUUAAGUUGCUCUCUUUGAGAAAAGGCUCGCCGACGUCUACAAGCGCAUAAUGACUACUAGUACUCACUUGAGCGGACGACUCAACCUCGGCCAAAUCCGCGAGAGUUACCUGAGGGACAUGCUUUCGAUCUUAGACUCAAUUGAAGGGUCGAAAUGCCUAGUUCGAGACGAUGAACUGACGGGACCGUCCUCCACAAUAGUCGAAAUGCAAGUACUCAAGAUGAAGGGUGUGAACCAAACGAUCCGAUCAGUGAUCCCCGGGAUGAAUUUGACAACACAGGCGCGAAAUAUCAUCUUCCUGAUUAGACCCCAGCUGCGCCACAUGGACGUGAUCGCUGAUUGCGUAAAACGGACACAUCGGGGUUGCAGUUCAUCAUCUGACAUCUCUUUCCACAUUAUAUUUGUACCCCGAGAUUCAUAUCUCUGCCGGCAACGUCUGGAGCAAUACGGUGUCCUAGGCUCGAUACAAAUUCACCAGUUACUCGUCGAGGUGUUUCCCUUGGACUCGGAUCUGAUGUCAAUGGGCCUUGAAAAUUUGUUUCGAGAGUGCAUCAUAGAUAAUGACCAUCGGCAAUUGUUGGCAGUUGCCCGCGCUGUUGGGAUGCUACAAAGUCUUUUUGGCGUGGUACCCAACGUGAGGGGUAAAGGACCUUUAGCUCAGCGAGUGUUCCAGCUUAUGCUACGGCUCAGGAAGGAGCUAUCGGGAAAAGAAAGUCCGGCGGUGUCGCAGAUUGACACACUGUUCCUUUUCGAUCGCUCCGUCGACCUUCUCAGUCCACUGGCAACUCAACUUACAUACGAAGGACUUCUUGAUGAGAUAUAUGGAAUUCGCAAUAACAUAAUUAGCUUGCCGGGCCAAAAAUUUAAGGAGGAACUGGCAAAUCGAGACGCCGACGGAAGAGUCAAGUUUGUUCUUAAUUCAUCUGAGGACCUUUUCGUUGAACUCAGAGAUAUAAGCUUUACAGCUGUGUGCGGUAAGCUGAGUCGUCUAGCAAAACAGCUGAGUAAAGAAGAAGCCGAACAUAAAGAAGCAAUAGGGUUACCAGAGUUGAGAGACUUCGUCAGCCGUCUGCCGAAAAUUGUCGAAACAAAAAAGAGCCUGUCUAAACAUUGUACGAUUUCAGAAUUAGUUCAGGAGCACAUUUCGCAGCCGUUGUUCACGGAAACAAUUUUCUGUGAACAAGAAUUCCUUCGAGGCGAUGCUACAGCCGACCAGCCACAUUCGUUUAUUGAAGACUUCAUCGUCAAUGAUGGACCCCUCAUUAAGGUUAUCCGUCUCAUCUGUAUGCACUCAUUGACUACAAAUGGACUUCGACCCAAAGUGCUCGAGCACUAUAAACGUGAGAUUAUUCAGCAGUACGGUGUUGACAAGCUCAUCCUGUUAAAAAAUCUAGAAACGUGUGGCCUACUUCGUGUUUAUCAGGGAUCGCAGAAGGGGUAUGGAAUGAUGCUAAAAACGCUCAAAUUAACCUUGGACAACGCGGGUGAAAUAGAACCAACCGACAUUACCUUCGUUCACCAAAUGUACGCCCCGCUAAGUGUCCGCCUCUUACAGUUUUACGGAACACCAGGAUGGAGAGCCAUUACCGAUGUACUUGAGGUCUUGCCUGGGGCAACUAUUGAAGAGCUGCAGGUGGCUGCUACAGCUAAGCUUCAGAGGCGAGGUUCACGGGAUUCACUUCAAUCCGGAAUUGGACUUGAAGAGAAGAAGCUGGCGCUUGUCGUUUUCAUUGGUGGAUGCACAUUCGCCGAAAUUGCCGCACUCAGGUGGUUGUCUCAGCAAGAUGAUUGCUCAAUGGAAUUUGUCGUCCUGACAACAGCCAUUAUUAACGGGAACACUCUUAUCGAAACUUUGCUCAGUUAGUGUCCUUAACUAUCCCUGAUUUAGUACUGGCCUUAUAUAAAGCACGCUUUACGAAGAUUGUCACGUACAUACCGAGUCCAUUCAAAAAACGCUGAAGCUUUCUUUUUUAAAGUUCAUGUGAAAUUCAUUAAAUGUGCAACCCAAGCACAUGAAUAAACUGUAAUAUUAAAGCUAAUAAUAAAAACAGUCGAUGUCGUCGUGAAAUCAUUUCUAGAUAAAAACAAAGUAACCUACACGGUGCGAUCCUUCGAGCAAUUAAGCAACACGUCAACGUGGUAAGAAAUAAGCGCUUCGUGUUUGCUGUGAUUCGUAAAAUAUUCCGUGAUACUUUAACGUGAAAUAGAUUGGCAUUCACGUAUUGUUGCCACCUUAAAUAAUUGAGUGAUUUUCUGUGCGUGCUCAUCCAUCGUCAGUGGAUGAUUGAACUAGAACAAGCGGUACUUAAAUCGGAUCGAGCUUUGUAACAUGCCAAAUUAAAUCUGUAACCAAUAGAGGCGUAAAAAACUAAGCUGGUAACGAAGAGUCGACUUUAGGGAUGCGAUACGAACAUUUUGCGCCAAUUUAUGAAAGCUAAAUCUAGAUAAAUAGGGAAAUUAUGGAGAAACAUGUGACAUUUGAUAUCUGUAUCUUAUCCCCAGCCGUUAUAGACGUUCCUUCGUGCGAAACAGACUUAAAAACCUAUUUCUUACCAAUGUUCAUUAUUAUCAGUACGAUUAUUAAUACCAGAUAUUUAUUCUGCCACUAGUAUAAUAUAUAUGUAAAUAUAUACAUAUAUAUACGAAAUAAAUAAUGUGCACAU